AUAUUCACACUCCUGAUGAUAAAACCUCCACAUAAGCUUCAAGGUGCAAGAGUGCAACCCUUACAACUCACAGCCAGCAGCUUAUAUAAAGAGAGGCAGAGGAAGGAUAGCAGUUGCUACUCAGAAGGAUCCUACAGGCGCAUCAUGAAGUGGACAAUUCUGCUGCUGACCAUUGGGCUCCUGGCAGGAGCCCAGGCCCGAUCACUUUUCAAAGAUGCACCAAAGACAAAAUGGGAAUCUGCCCUGGACAGCUUUUGGCACACACUGAACAAAGUAGAGGAGGCCGCAGAUGAAGCCACUUCAAGGAUGAAAGAUUCUCAGAUCGGCAAGGAACUCGAUGUACUUAUCAAGGAAACUAUGGAAGAACUGAGCAAUUAUGCUGAUGAUUUAAAGAGUAAGGUUGGACCCAUGGCUCAGGAUGCUCAGCAACGUUUCAACGAUGAGGUCUCUUCUCUAGCUGAUAAACUCAAGAGUGACAUGGAAGACACAAAGACUCGGGCCAUCCAGUAUUCAGGAGACUUGCGCUCCAUGUUUGAUCAGAACAUCGAAGACGUCCAAGGAAAAGUUAACAUGUACAUGAAGAAGUUAAAAAAACGCCUACAAAAAGAUAGUGAAGAUCUUAAGCAGAAACUCAACCAAUAUGGGGAAGACCUCAGCAAGAACACUCAGGAAAAGAUAGAAAAUCUCCGUAAAACUAUUGACCCCUAUGUGUCUAAUCUGAAGAAAAACGGACAAGAACGUCUUCAGUCUCUAAAAGAUGUCAUGGAUGAACAAGGGAAACAGUUCAGGGACAGAUUUGCCUCAGUGGCAAAAGAUGUGCAGAGCAAAGUCAAGAAAAUGGCCACUGAUGUUAAGAGCAGUGUAGACAAGCUGUCAGACCAAAUGAAAAAGUGGUUCAACCCCUCCAUAGACAAUCUCCGUAACCAGCUUCAAAACCUGGCCAAGAGUUUGCAAAACAAGAAGCAAUAAGACAUUGACCUGUGUCCCUGAACAUGGUGCACCACACUCAUAGCUUUCCAAGCUGUUAGCUUUUGCUAAAAGUUCUGCUGAUAAUCCUGAAUUAAGAGUUUGCAGCCAGCAUUGAAUUG